CGUGAUGCAAACCGGUUUCGCUUGCGCCACUGUAAUGGCGAUUCGUCCGCUUCUGAUACUCACGCUAGUAACUGUGAUUUGGACAUGGUCGAUUCGGGCAACUGGAGCACCGAAUUCAGGGCACACAACAUAACUCACCCGGAAUUGGAUAUAAGUCCCAGUUCAUCUGGGUUCGUGAGCCUGUGCUCACCGGGCACCACCGGCAUCCAAGAAGAUGAUUCCAUGCUCACCAUUGAGGCCAUACUCAGUGAACACAAGCCGAGGGAUUUUUCUCUCACCUGCACCGGUCAUCGAAACGCAGAGGACGACCAUCAACAGUCGGGCUCCAAUGGGAAUGACAAGGGGUUGGCACCGGAACGCAAUACAACUUUCGAACGGAUGAACAGUUUGCAGUAUGACUGUGAUCAUUUCCUCACAGGUAAUAAAAGGGCUCUGUGUGAUUCAACCGGUGUAACAGGUCCCUCCAAACGUGAGGCAAUUUCCCAACAAGAAGAUAGCGGUAAUCACAAAGCAGCAGCUAAUUCCGAUUUGUUGAGUACAUCUGAUAGAGACAAAGGUCAAGAUUGUGAAUACAUCAUAAAGACAAAAAGCCGGCGUAUGUACGAAAUCUUGCUCACAUUACACCAGAAACUGUUGGAAACAUUCGGUGAUUUGUGAGUGCAACGCUUCAGCCUUUCUCAUCAACUUACUUGCAUACGACCACACUUAAACAAAGUGGUUCUGACGGUUCCUUAUCAAACCUUCAGGAGAGAAAGCUCAGUGGCUGCCAAACGCGCUGCUUUUCGGGCUAUGUUUCAUUCGCAGUUCACCCAAUAACUCUUCAACAUGAUCGAGAGAACACCAUCACCCCUCGGCAAACGCAGAAAUGUGAUUUUGUUUAAUGAUUGCUCAACCUAUUUACUUUUCUUUCUGAGUGCACUGUUGCCCUUAGCGGGUUUCUUUUGACUGUCUCGUAUGCAUUUACACCUUCCGAUUAGUUAGCCUAGCCUACUAUUCCAUUUUAAAGCAGAAUGGUUAUGGAGAGUGCGAGUUGAUAACUUAUGACCUGGGUAACCCGCAUUUGAACCGUUAGAGAUCAAAUUAUCUUUUUCCUUGUUUCUGCUGACUGUCACAUACUUUUUCAUUGUUGACCCUACAAAACUAACAAACGAUUUCCGCUCACUUCAUUCGCACCUCCCGCAUUUGUCUGAUGUGCCUCGCGCUGAGGACAACCGCAUUACAUUUGGUUUGUCUGACUGCACGCGUUCCUAUCGGACGCACAUUUGUUGAACACGCAAACCGUUUUACCGCAUUUCCUGUUACCCUUCUGCUGUGUUUUCCUCCAUCCUCUAUGGGCACGUACUGUAAGCCGCAUUUUCCAAAAAAAUGUUUUCCCCAUCC